AUGGACAAUGCCUCAGCUGUAACUGUAUUCACAUUGUCUGGUUUAAAUGGUACAGAGGAGUACAGGAUCCCUUUGUUUGUUGUGACUUUUUUGUGUUACAGUUUAAUCUGGGUGGCUAAUGUGACUAUUAUAGUGACUAUUAUUAUGGAUAAAAACCUCCAUGAGCCGAUGUACAUUUUUCUGUGUAACCUGUGCAUCAAUGGACUGGUUGGAACUGCAGGAUUUUACCCCAAGUUCCUCAUUGACCUCCUCUCUUCCGCUCAUGUUAUUUCAUUCGCUGGUUGUUUGGUGCAGGCAUUUGUAAUUCAUGUCGCAGUUGGUAUUGAUUUGUCUAUUCUUUUACUCAUGUCUUUUGACCGAUAUGUUGCUAUUUGCCGCCCUCUGGUGUACCACUCUGUAAUUACAAGACAAAGAGUUGGCCUUUUGGUCCUGUUUGCUUGGCUUCUGCCCGUGAUCAUGAUGAUGAUUGGUUCGACAACAACGUUUAUUUUAAAGUUAUGCGGCUCACAUAUUCCCAAACUCUACUGUAUCAAUUAUUUAGUAAACAAACUUGCUUGUACUGCUUCUGUGGCCGGUUUUAUGGUACCAGUCUUUACAUAUUCUAUUUAUGUGGGCCACUACCUAUUUAUUGUUGGGUCAUAUUUUAAUUUAAUACGAACAUGCCGACAAUCCAAAGAAAACAUGAGCAAGUUUAUGCAAACUUGUCUCCCACACCUGUUCUGUCUAGGAAUUCUGGGUGUCUCACUCCUUUUUGAUUUACUCUACAUUCGAUUUGGCUCUAACACUCUACCACAAGGAAUCCAAAACUUUAUGGCCAUUGAGUUUCUGGUUGUUCCUCCAAUUAUGAAUCCAGUAAUCUACGGCUUGGCGUUGACACAAGUGAGAAACAGGAUUGCCCAAGUGUUUGGUGUGAAACAAGAUCAGGGCUCCUAUAAAUUUUUCAAAAAGAAAUAA